ACCAGAAUUCUGAUUUAGAACAAUGGCAAGAAACUGAGCUGAUUAACUAGCUUGAUAUUUGGAAAACUGCUUCUUUUGGGGGAAAGUGAUGUCAUGAAGAAGUAACGUACUGCAGUCUGCUCUGUUAACUUCAUGGGAAAAGAGGUUAAGAGGAAACUUUUAAAAGAAAAUAGAGUUUUUCCAGACUGAAGCCGAAGACUUGUCAGGAAAACACAGAAUGUCUCCUGAAUCAAAAAAACUUUUCAACAUAAUUAUUUUGGGAGUCUCAUUUAUGUUUAUAUUCACUGCUUUCCAAACAUGCGGAAAUGUUGCGCAAACUGUUAUCACAAAUUUAAACAACACGGAUUUUCAUGGCAGUGGCUACACAAGCAUGUCCAUCAUUUAUGGAGUAUUCUCUGCAUCAAAUCUCAUAUCACCUUCAGUGGUUGCGAUAGUAGGACCUCAACUCUCCAUGGUUGUUAGUGGCAUAUUUUAUAGCCUGUACAUUGCAGUUUUUAUCCAGCCUGCUACAUGGGCUUUCUACACUGCUUCUGUUUUUAUUGGCAUUGCAGCUGCUGUACUCUGGACAGCACAGGGAAAUUGCCUGACUGUAAAUUCUGAUGAAAACACCAUUGGAAGGAACAGUGGAGUAUUUUGGGCACUCUUACAGUUCAGCUUGUUUUUUGGAAACCUCUAUAUAUACUUCGCUUGGCAAGGAAAAACUCGCAUAUCAGAGAGUGAUCGCAGAACUGUCUUCAUUGCUCUGACUGUUAUCAGUCUUGUGGGCACAGUUCUGUUCUUUCUGAUUAGGAAACAAGAGGACACAAAAGCUCCAGGGGAGGAAGAUUCCGCUAAUGAAAUCCUGGGGGACAGCUCGUCUGCACAAAACAAAAUGAUGAGAGCAGUGGCUGCCUUCAAGAAAUCUAUAAAGCUGAGCUUCACCAAAGAGAUUCUGCUUCUCAGUGUUACAACAGCCUACACAGGUUUGGAAUUAACGUUCUUUUCUGGAGUAUAUGGAACAUGUAUUGGUGCUGUGAAUAGGUUUGGCAGUGAGGAGAAAAGCCUUAUUGGUCUCUCUGGUAUUUUUAUUGGUGUUGGAGAAAUUUUAGGUGGAGGAAUCUUCGGUUUACUGAGCAAGAAUAAUCGCUUUGGCAGGAACCCUGUUGUGAUGCUAGGCAUCGUUGUCCAUUUCAUAGCCUUUUAUUUGAUUUUUUUCAACAUGCCAAAUGAUGCCCCUAUUGCUCCUAUGGAAGGAACAGAUGAUGUUGCUUAUAUGAUUCCAAGCAAAGAGGUGGCCAUAUUGUGCAGCUUUCUGUUGGGCCUGGGGGACAGCUGCUUUAACACCCAGCUCCUAAGUAUUUUGGGAUUCCUGUAUUCAGAAGACAGUGCUCCUGCAUUUGCCAUCUUUAAGUUUGUUCAGUCCAUCUGUGCUGCAGUUGCAUAUUUCUACAGCAACUACUUCCUUCUGCAGUGGCAACUCCUGAUCAUGGUGGUUGUGGGCUUCUUUGGAACAAUUACCUUCUUUACAGUGGAGUGGGAAGCAGCAGCAGCUCUUGCUGCCCGUGGCUCGGACUACAGCAGCAUUUGAUCGAGAUACCAUGCCUAGUCCAACGUCUUCUGACAUGCUGGCAGAAACAUUAAAAAAUGGGAGAAUUUAAAGAUGGAGGUGAAGCUGAGAAGUUAGCCGCUUAACAAGAUACUUGCCGUUCUGAUAUGACCACGCUGGUUCAGAAGCAGGGUUGAGACUCUUUGUUGUAGUUUUCAUGGAUAAAUUCAGGAUGAUGCUUUGAUAAGUUUAACUUCAGAGGUGGCGUUAAGUACCACAGAGAAGCACUAAUGAGAGAGUGGAAAAAACAUCCUUAAAGUGCAAUAGAGAGCAAAUCUGGAACUGAGAAUAAUUCUCAGCGGGCAAGUGAAGGGGGUGCUUUGUUCAGUUGAGUUUGGGCAUUUUGCUGCUGCUGGCAUUGACUCAAUUUCUAUUUGUUUCAUACUUUCUCUGCUAUCUUGGUUAUUUCAGCUGUUGACGUGUCCUCCUCCAAGCUAUCCUUUCUCUUUUGUUUACAUUUUGACACUGUGCAGAAGUCUAAUUUAAAUGAUUGAAACUUUUUUACUUUAAUGAAAGAUGUCUUUGGGUUAGAAUUGGUGAUAAUUGAGAACAGACACAAUGAUUAUCCUAAUGAAAAUGCUGAUUUCAAGUUGAGUGUAUUUCUUUUCAUGGUCACAGCCAUGCAAAUAAAAGUGCAUCGCAGACAA